GUCUCGAUCUCCCUACAGAUUCAGUUUGAAAAUGGAAGAUUUAUUUACUUUGUUUUUUCCCUCUUCGAAUGACCUAGCGAAAUGGAAGAGUUGCAUGUUGGGGAAGGUGCUACCGGAGCUACUGUGAGGAUCCAAAGGUUUUCUUAUGAAGGAGGCGCUGUCAUUAUUCACUUGCAGAAUAAACCAAGAGCUCGAGGAGUUACAGGCUAGGAAGAAGGACCCUUUUGCCUCUCCUUUCCCC